CAGCUAAUAAAAAGGCGCGGGGUCAAGCUUCCCCACUUCUUCCUCUCUGUCAAACAAAGUUGAAAAAAAAAAAAAGCUCACUCUCUCUCGCAUGGUGGAUUGUGGGGUCCUUUUGUUAGCUGAAACCAUCAGACUUAAACUUUGGUCUUCCAUUUCCUUCAUCUCUCUCCUCUCUGCUCUGAACUUCUGUCAGUUCUUUCUCUCUUUUGCUUUGUGAUCAUUUCCAUUGACGAGUUCUUCAUUCUCCAAGCCCCUGCCGAGAAGCUUGUGCAGAGCUAUGAGCGAUAAUGUCGCUUUUCUUUAAAGACGCCGAUCCAGUGUUUCAAGGCGCAGGGACCAAAGCUGGGCUGGAAAUCUGGUGUAUCGAGAACCUUGAAGUAGUUCCUGUCCCAAAAGCUUCACACGGGAAGUUUUACUCUGGAAGUGCUUACAUAGUUUUGAACACAACUGUGCCGAAAUGUGGAAUUCCCCAGCAUGACGUGCAUUACUGGGUGGGAGAAAAUGCAAACAAGGUUGAUUCAGCUUUGGCAUCAGACAAAGCACUGGAACUAGAUGCAGCUCUAGGUUCUUGUACUGUACAAUACAGGGAAGUUGGAGGGCAAGAAACGGAGAAGUUUUUAUCAUAUUUUAAACCAUGUAUCAUACCUUUAGAGGGAGUAUACUGCUCACAGCUUCAGCAUCCCAAAGAUAAAACAUACCGUAUCAGACUUCUGACCUGCAAGGGAGACCGUGCGGUUCAUGUUAAGGAAGUUCCCUUUUCUCGGUCAUCAUUAAACCACAAUGAUGUAUUCAUCCUUGACACUGCAUCAAAAGUUUUUCUCUUUAGUGGAUGCUAUUCUAGCAUACAAGAAAGGGCUAAAGCGUUGGAUGUUGCUCAGUACAUUAAAGAGAAUAAUCAUAGUGGAAGCUGCGACUUAGUAACUAUAGAUGAUGGAAAAUUUGUGGGUGAUUCUGAUGUUGGUGAGUUUUGGAGCUUUUUUGGUGGAUUUGCUCCCAUUCCUCGUGAUGUGUCUUCUGAUCAGACAUCAUCUGAUUCAUCAAUUAAAUUAUUUUGGAUAAACACUCAAGGGAAAUUGUAUCCGAAAGGAAAUGAUAUUUUGAGCAGAGAGAUGCUUGAGACGGACAAAUGCUAUAUGCUAGAUUGUGAUUCACAGUUAUUCGUUUGGAUGGGGAAACAUACUUCUGUUACGGAACGCAAGACAUCGAUAUCAGCUGUAGAGGAUUUCGUUAGAAAGCAGGACAGAUCAACUGGCACCCACUUAACUUUCCUAACUGAAGGGUUAGAAAUUGCUGCAUUUAAGGUCUGUUUUGAUGAUUGGCCCAACACCGUGGAGCCAAAACUAUACGAUGAAGGCCGAGGAAAAGUUGCAGCAAUUUUCAAGCAACAUGGCUAUGAUGUGAAGGAGCUUCCUGAACUAGACUUCAAGCCAUGUAUAAACUUGCAAGGCAGGAUCAAAGUUUGGCGGGUAGAUGGUGAUAGUACUACUCUUCUUCCAGAGGUAGAACAGAAAAAACUUUUCACUGGGGAUUGCUAUAUUGUGCAAUAUACAUAUCAUGGAAGUGGUAGGGAUGAGAAUAUAAUUUAUUCCUGGCUUGGUCGCAGGAGUGUGAUGGAGGACAGACGAGAAGCCAUAUCCCAUUUGAACACCAUUGUCAAUUUGACCAAAGGGGAUUCGGUUGUGGCUCAAGUAAUUCAGGAUAAGGAGCCAGAUCUAUUUUUCUUUAUUUUCGAGAUAUUAAUUAUUUUUAAGGGAGGCAAGAGUACACAAUACAAAAAGAAUCUAGACGACAGAGAUAUUGAUGAUGAUACCUAUGAUGAAAGCAAAAAUGCACUUUUCCGAAUUCAAGGGACGGGCCUGGAUAAUAUGCAGGCAAUCCAAGUUAAUCUAGUUUCAGAUUCCCUAAAUUCAUCCUACUGUUACAUCCUUCAAACUGGAUCAUGCGUCUUCACUUGGAUUGGCAGUCUCUCUUCAACCAGAGACCAUGAAAUUCUAGACAGGAUGGUGGAAAUGAUAAAUCCAACAUGGCAACCUGUAUCAGUCAGGGAAGGGAGUGAGCCCGAUUUAUUCUGGGAAAUACUUGGUGGAAAGUCAGAGUAUCAAAAGGGAAAAGAGGUCAAAGGGCCUAUUGAAGAUCCACAUUUAUUUGUCUUGAACAUCAGUGAAGGUGAUUUCAAGGUGAAGGAGAUUUACAAUUUUACUCAAGAUGAUCUAACAACCGAAGAUGUUUUAAUUCUUAAUUGCCACAAUGAGAUUUAUGUUUGGCUGGGAUGCCACGCAAAUGUUGGGGGGAAGGAACAAGCACUCGACCUUGCCCAUAAAUUUCUAGAGAAAGAUGUUUUGGAUGAAGGAAUUUCUCUUGACACUCCCAUAUAUAUUGUCACUGAAGGUCACGAGCCACCACUUUUCACUCAGUUCUUUCAAUGGGAUUUCUCAAAAGCAAAUAUGCACGGUAAUUCGUUUGAGAGAAAGCUCGCUGUUUUGAAAGGAAAAUUACAUAAUGUUGAUUCACCUGUAAGAAAAUCAUGGAAAGCACUCUCAAGGGAAACUACACCAGAUGGAUCAAGACGCACCUCAUUAAGUCCCUUUCAGCACGAAAGAAGUCUAUCUCCUGCAUUAAGAGGUUCAGGAUCACAUUUAAAGUCUCCAAACAGAGAUCAUUUUUCCACUCCAACGCAAGCUGUCAGAAAGCUCGAUUUGACAUCUUCUCCUUCUCAAUGUGCUGGUUCCUCGACCGCAGCAUCAUUAUCACCUUCGCUGAUUCCUAGUAAAAGUAGUGAUGUCUUACAGAAUAAUGGAGAUAUGGCUGCUGAAAAUCUAUCAAUAUAUCCAUAUGAACGGCUGACCGUGAUAUCUAAAGACCCAAUUGGGGACAUAGAUGUGACCAGGCGAGAGGCUUAUUUAAGCGAAGAAGAGUUUGAAGAGAAAUUUGGGAUGGGAAAAAUAGCAUUUUACAAGCUUCCAAAAUGGAAACAAAACAAGCUCAAGAUGACCCUUCAUCUUUUCUGAUGGAAACUCGACGUUUUUUUACCCUCCAAUUCCGUAAUGGGUUGAUUCUCAAUCUUACUUCUAAUCCACGUUUUUCUUUUUCAUUUAUAUUUUGCUUUAAACUGUUUCCAGUCGUUUGAUUUGGUUGUUGUUCUCUUGAUGGUGCUGAUUUUAGUACUUCACCUAAAUAGCACGUUUGAAUUGAUUUGCAAUCUACUUGCAAAAAGAGGGGGAAAAAAAUAGAUGAUUAUUUUGCUUUUUACCCAUUUGUAUUAGUUAUCACCCAUACGGAAUUGAAAAUUAGGUGUUUGUAAAAAUUACAUUGAUGAAACUUAUUUGGUAUAUGUAAAGUGGUUGAACUGGUUGAUGAGUUAGACUUAGAUUGACGAAGAA